AAUUAAACACUAGCAUAAUGCUACUUAAUCACGUUAUUUUUUAACAUUAAUAAGCAAUAUAGGAAAAUCUCGAUAACACAAUUUAACUGACGACUCAAAAUGUUUUGAGUCAGUUAGGAACGCUUAGAGUAUUGGUUCGGUUUCUUGACGGGCAAUUGAUUCGUGAUGCUUAGAGGAGGGUUUAUGCAGCCCAGAGUGCCCCCCGUGCACGUUUUGGAGGUCUGGUAACUGCUUUUGGAGGGACCAUCGGCCAGAAUCAUGGAGGACUUUGAAAAACAAUUUGCAACUUUAUCAAUUGCUAAAAGGUCGAAAAGUGCCGAAGACCCUACAUACAUGUUGCACGUUGACUGCCAGACAACAGCAGUGGAACCUGGGAGUCAGGCAGUUGCUGUUGCAUGCUCUAAUCUUUCUGUAUGUCUAUAUAACAAGCAGACAUUAAGACAAACUGGACAGUACUUGGGACACUCUGGCCCAAUUUGUGGAGUCAGGUUUUCACAAACCUCUGGUAAUCUCCUGUACUCGGCCUCUUCAGAUGGUACGAUAAGGUGCUGGGAUGUACGCACUCCUGGAGCUUCAGCAGUGCACAUCUUUAAGAGCCAUCCUUCUCAUGUGUUCACUAGCUUUGACAUAAAUUGUGAAGAUCAAAUAAUCUGUGCAGGCACUGAUAAAGUGCUUGAGGACAGUUAUAUGGUAUUCUGGGAUGUGCGGGCCUCUAGGAAAGAGUGCGCCCCAGGUGGUUCAUUGUUAGGUGUUUAUUCGGAGUCACAUAAUGAUGAUAUCACACAGAUUUGUUUUCACCCCAGCAAUAAAAAUUUUCUACUCUCUGGAUCCGUUGAUGGACUUGUUAAUGUGUUUGAUGUUGCAAAAGACACGGAGGACAGUGCUUUGCUGGCUACGUGCAACUUGGACUCCUCAGUAAGCUUCACCAACUGGGCCGGAGAGACAUAUCAGAUCUAUUGCCUGUCUCAUGAUGAAGCAUUUGCUUUGUGGGACCUCGCCCAGCUAGACACAGAAGAAACCAUAACACUAUUGAAAAUUGAGGAUGCCAGAGAGUCUACCAAAAUUCCUGGUAGUCAUUUAGAUUAUUUAAUUGGGGGUCUGUACCACGAACAAGCCAAGAAGUUAGUCAUUGUGGGUGGAACAAAUACAGGGAAGAUUCAUCUUCUGGAGUGCUGCAAAGAUGGCUUAAAACACAUGUGCUCUUUGGAAAAUGCACACUCUUCUGUUGUACGCUGCCUUCACUGGGAUACACAAGAUCAUUCUCUCCUGACGGGAGGAGAAGAUGCACAGCUGUUUCUCUGGAGGCCAGGAGCUGUGGAGCUUUCAGUAUCAAAGAAAGAAUCUCUAAAGAGUCCCUCUUCAGUCCAACAGCAAACAAGAGUGCACAACAAAAUGUUUAGCAAGAAACGGAUAUGAAAGAAGCUGAAUUAUGAUUAACAACACAUUUAAAUAAAACAAAAUGUCCUUUUUGUAAACCUGAAAUGUUUAUUUUUCAGUAUCAAGCAAUAAAUAUAACUUGAAUAAGGGCUUUUGCUAUUGGAGAUCUGGCAGAGGACUUCAACUUUAAAAUAUGGCAUUUGCUACUUACAGAUUAUUGACAUGAAAUUAGAAAACUAUGUACUUGCCAAUGUAAUACUUUGCUUAUUUAAAAGCCAUACUGCGUUUUGUGUACUGUUUAAGUAUGUUUAAAAUCAUGUAGUAACUGGAACCUAAGCUUUUGGUGGUGGUGGUGGUGGUGAUGAUGCUUGCAACAGGCUGUGUUACAUAGCUCAUUUAAAAAGGAUGUCCUUUCAGUUUGUUUAGGUUCCACUUAUUUUGUUUGAGUAAAUUAGUUAGGCUUUCCUAGAGUGCCUGACUCCAGACAAAGCUGAUUGCAUCUUUCUAAUGUCCCUUGAGAUAAUACACAUCUCAUUUGUUUCAUAUAAGCUGAAAUUAGUGACUGCAUGGCUAUGUUUUAUAGUCCUUGUGUAUGCAUUUUAGUGACUUUCUUUGUUUAUAUAAAUUGAAGUUUAUACCUAAGUAGCAGAAAUCAUAAAGUAUAUGCACACUGAUCACUGUGUUAGAAUAUGCAGUUUACAACCUGAUUUUGGAUUUGUAUGUACUCUAUAGGGGUGGCACAGUGGCGCAGUGGUAGUGCAGCUGCCUCGCAGUGAGGAGACCCAGGUUCGCUUCUCGGGUCCUCCCUGCAUGGGUUUCCUCCGGGUACUCUGGUUUCCUCCAGCAGUCCAAAGACAUGCAGGUUAGGUGGAUUGGCGAUUCUAAAUUGGCCCUAGUGAGUGUGCUUUGUGUGUGGGUGUGUGUGUGUGUGCCCUGCGGUGGGUUGGUGCCCCCGUGACCCUGUGUUAGGAUUCAGCGGGUUGGAAAAUGGAUGGAUGGAUGUGCUUUAUAAUAGUAAUAUGAUGAAGCUUGCUUAUUGGAAAAAUUAAAAUUAUUUUAAAGUAGUCCAAUAAAGUAUAGGUCACCUACUCAUAAAUACAUGAUAAUUUUUAUCAUUUGUAACUUUAAAAAAAAAACUUUCCUCAAAACUUGAAGCCACUUACAAUUUUAUCCAAAUGUUGUCUAUAAAAUAAUUUAAAUCCAUAUAUAUAUUUAACUUGUCUAGGUUGUGCAAUAAGAGACAAGCAGUCAUUCAAAGCAAUAUGAACUCUGUAAUAGACACGGUUUAUUCUAGAUGUUGCAGGAGUGUUUAGAAUAAAAGUAACAUUUUUUUUGUUACAUUGAUAACGGAUACAGUAGCUGCACCCUAUUUAUGUAUUAAAUAUUUGAUCCAAAUUGGACUGAAUACUGAAGACUUUGUUGGAAAUAUGUUAAAAAUAGAGACAGAUAGUGCUGAAAAGAAGAACCACUGAAGGUAAAGGGAAACAAGUUUUGUGAAAGUGCUCCUAAAAAGUAUUCACCUCCUCUGGAAGAUUUCCCAUUUCAGGGCCUGCUGCAGAGAAGUAUGUGCUUUUGAAAAUGUGCUGUAAUCUAACAUGGCAUUUAGUCUUCAUGGCCAAAAAAGCUCAAUUUUGAUCUCAUCAGGCCACAGAACCCAUGUGCCAUUUGGAAACUUUUAGCUGAGAUAUUGUACGUAUUUUUUUAAUAUUAGAGCUCUCCUUGCCACUUUCCAAUAAAGCUGCAACUGAUGAAGCACCUGAGCAACAGUUGUUGCCUGCACAGUCUCGCCAGACUAAGUCACUGCAGUUUCCACUCCUUUAGAGUUCUCAAGGGUCUUUAGGUGGCCUCCAUCACAAGUCUUCUAACAUAAUCAUUCUGUUUUUGUGGAUGGUCUUCCUUAAGCAGAUUUACAGCUGUGCCAUACUCCUGUUUCUUCAUGACUGAUUUAACUAGACUCCAAAGGAUAUUAAGUCACUUGGAAAUUUUCUUAUGUCCGUCCCGUAUUUUGUCUUCAUAGUGGAUGUUAGGCCAUCACACUGACUUGUCAUAAAUUGGUCCUUUCAGAUUAGUGGAAUCCCCAGACAACCCCAUUAUUCUUCUCAAAACAAUUGGUUGCACUGAUGAUUAUUGAGGAGUGUCACAUUAAAGUGGGUGAAUACUUAUGUAAUAAUUAUUUUGUGUUUUAUAUUUGUAUUUAAUUUAGACAACUCUGAACAGAUCUGUUUUCAUAUUGACAUUAAAUAGUCAUUUUCUGUUGAUUAAUGUCAAAAAACCCAAAUUAAUUCCACAGUGAUUCAUUGUAUAACAAUAAACCUUUUCUAAGCACUGUGAAUGACAGACAGAUAAAGUCAACCUACCUGACAGAAAGGGGUAAGAGCUGCGCAAACCAGUUUGAAUGCACAGAGCCUAUUUAUAGGUGUUCUUUUGUAUUCCAUUGUGUGUAGGGAGCAAGCUUGAAAAUAAAAAUGGAGUAUAUGAAUGUGCCUACUGACUAUGUGUUGUUAAUACCAAUGUGGACAUAUUUCCAUGUCACUAUAUAGUUCCAUACAAAAGUUUGGAGAAUGGCUAAAUCACAUUUUUGUUGACAUUUAAAGUAAAAAUACAGUCAUAUGAAAAAGUUUGGGAACCCCUCUCAGCCUGCAUAAUAAUUGACUCUACUUUCAACAAAAAAGAUAACAGUGAUAUGUCUUUCAUUUCCUAGGAACAUCUGAGUACUGGGGUGCUUUCCGAACAAAGAUUUUUAGUGAAGCAGUAUUUAGUUGUAUGAAAUUAAAUCAAAUGUGAAAAACUGGCUGUGCAA